AUGAGCGACUCAUCUCUACAGCAGCAAACUAGUGGCAACGGAUCCUCUUCCGAUAUAAAGGCCACUGUACGCGAAGUACUUAAUCAGCAGCACGACCACCAACAACGACAACAACAAUCAAACAAUAUAGAUGAUAAAACUACUGCCACCGCUGGUGUCGACUCUUCUGAUAAUAUGGAGACUGUAAUGCGCAAAGUGUUAGGUGAAGUAAUGUCCGGUAACACCAAGAAAGCAAAGUCCAAAACUGAAACGUCAAAGAACAAGUCUAAAAAUGAUGGGAGGGUUAAAUCUUCCAAGACUUUGAAAUCAUCAAGCCACAAACGCAACAACGCCUCCAACCAGCAGUCUCCUGGAAAUUCUGACUCUUCGGAUGACAGCAGCAACAACAGUUCGUCCGACGAUGACGAUUCUGACUCAGACAACGAAGGGAAAAAUACCAACACCACCGCCUCCUCUUUGACAAGCGAUUCCGAUAACGAUUCAGAUGGCAGACGUGGCAAGAAAGUUUACAAACUCAAAAGCAAAGAGUACAAAAAGUUUAAACGCUACAUGAAAUACCGCAAGAGUAAGGACUCUGCAUCGACCGAGACCGCCGACACUGACGCACCAUCAAAACCACAGAAAUCAGACAAAAAUAAAAAGAUGAAAACCAAGCACUAUCAGCAGACUGGCGGCAGCGGUGACAACUCCAGUGGUAAUGGUGGUGGUGGUGGUGGUGGUGGUGGUGGUGGUGGUGGUGGUGACACGGAAACUCCUAUGGAGGUAGGUGACACCACAAACAACAAGCCGCCACAAACAGCUACUGGGACAUCCGCAACUGCGGCCAAUACCGAUAAAGCGUUCCACGAGAAAAUCGAUUUUAUUUUCAACUCUAUUCAAAACCAACAACACAAGACCAACAGCCAAGAGACCAAUAGUAGGUCACCACCGUCGACUGAUGCUUCGGGCACUGACGCCACUAGCAAAGGUGAUUCUAUUACGCCCGCCACUGCCGAGGACAAAAAGUCCAACGUCGAUGAUAAUACUAACAACACCUCAACCGAAGAACACCACAGUAUGGACGUCGAGCAUCAAGAAGACAAAGUCAUCCCUUCUGUUGGUGUGACUACACGAUUGGCAAGCAAGCGAGUUCACUUUUGUACCGACGACAACACCAAAGUAAUGAGUAAAGAAGAAAUGAAAGAUAUAAGAAAACAUAUGUUUAGGGGAGUUCCGUUUAUUCAUUCACCAAACGGUCAUCAUGGCUACCCAAACCAAAAUAGCCAGCAAGCAGUCUUCACCGCACCAGUCCACCGGAAAUCGACCUAA